GUUGGUGAAAUAAUAUGCCAAUAUGGCUACAGCCGACUGACAGCCAACUACUUUGAACGAAAUAUUAAAUGCUGUGAUUGAUCAAAUCCGCCUAUUUACAAAAUUAAUUCUGUUCAUUAUCUUCAAGUUAAGAAAUUCAAUUCAUUCGUUAAGCAGAAUGUGUAUUCUUUGGUGAUGGGGAUAUCCGAAGACAAGAGCUGUUACUCGUGUUUAUUCCGUUGAUAUUGUUUUGUAUAUUUCUAUAUUCCAUCUUCUUGUGUCUAAAAGAAAUCUGGAACCGGUAUUUAUCCGAUUACAUUCGCGAUGACCGACUCAGAGAAACUCUUCGCCUGCUCUACGUCCGGCUGCAACAUGAGCUUUACAAAUGAGGAUCAAUUAUCAAUGCAUAAAAAGAAACACGACAUGAUGCUAAAUCUGAACAAUAACUCUAAGAGCGCUGGAUUCGUUGCAGAUCAAACUCCAACACCAACAAGGUUCUUUAAAAAUUGCGAAGAAGUUGGUCUAUUUCAAGAUCUGCAAAACGUGGUCAAUCCUUUUGAAGAGACAUUUAGAAGGGCUGUUGAGGCUGGAAAUACUGGGACACUUAUAGUAUCAGAGGCUGGGAUUACGGAUGAUACACUACAUACUCCUCAUAUCUUUCCUUAUAUAUCAGAUGUAUUGCCUGCAAACAGUCAAAUUCUUCCCGAAGAUAAUGUCGAGGUAUGUUCUACGACUGUAUCUCUUGCCGAAACUACUAUUCUUGUGGAAAAAGAUGCACAGGAGGAAAGCGCUGUAAAGACUAAAUGUAACAGUAUUAAAUUAAGUACAAACGAGACGCAGGACUUGAUGAAAGAUUCUACUGUCGCAUCUGCGAAAGAUGACGCUCUUUCAGCAGAUAUUAUUGUCUCAAAUGCAAAUAUACCUAUAGCGCCUAAAAUUUCAUCGACGCAACCUACGUCUCACCUGUCAAUCAACGGCGAAGAAGUGCAAUUGUUACUGAAAACCGCGGACGGUAAAUUAAUGCAAUUGUGCGCUACACCAGUGCCGGAGCUAUCUAAUGUAUCGAACAUUAGUACCGAACAGCAAACUGUUGUUAUCAAAACUGAACCGGCUCUGCGGUGCGCAAUGAAACUGGAGCCCAAGAAAACUGUGAUCUCGAGAUUAUCAUUAGCAAAAAUGAAGCUGAAACAGUCCCUGUUCAAGAACGCGACCGCGCAGAAUCAAAAGACGACAACUGAGGGAUGCGCGAAAACGGACGCAAUCGCCGGCGCGAAGAAGGAGGGUGUUAAGAAAACGAUCGAUCAGCUUAAGAAAAAAGACAUUCUCGAGCGCAAUCGUGCCAGUUCCAUGCGCGCACGAGCUAAAAGAAAGGAGUGGAUCCAAGAACUCCAAAGAACGGUGACCAACGUGAAUGAGGCAAAUACGGUCUUACAGAUGGAAGUGAAAACUUUACGUAAGGAAGUUGGGAGAUUGAAGACUCUUUUGCUGGCCCAUAAAGAUUGCCCGGUCACAAAGGCGAUGCAAAAAGGAAUAAUUCUUGGACCCAAGAUUAUAUCAGUAGAUAAUUCAGAGGUACUUACGGUGCCGAUAUCGGCUAAUGGUGUCCCCAUAAAACGAUCAGUUUCCUAUACGACGGAGAUCCCGAACGUGCCGACGAAGAAAUCGGGCCUGUCGAUCACGAAGAAUCCGGUAAUACUCCCGAAGAUGGAUUGCGGUACCACGAAUCUCGCGAUUCCGAACGCGACGAUCAUAAAGACUCUACCGGCGUUGAAGAUCGUUGGCGUUAAUCAGUUUAUACCGGAAAAGUCGGAAGGAACAAAACAAAUACUGAUCGUGCAAAAUCAACCGAGAAAAUUGUGCGAGGCUACAACCAGACAGAUUAUUCAAAUAAACCCAAAUUACGAAGUGGAACACGCGGCAUCUAAGAGCACGGGAACGUAAUUAAUCGUCCACGGAACGUUCGCGCAUUUGUAAUGCAAAUGCCCGAACUUCUUGUGGUUAAGACGAUCAGCGAAUAGACGAAUGAAUCGAUUCUAUGAGCUUUGCGAUACGUUUUCGUGCGGAUAGAAUAAAUUAUAUGACGUUCAUGAAAAUGUUCAUAAAAAUCUAUCUGUGCACAUGCGUCUCUCGUUUUCCCAUUUCUUUCACGAUAAAUUAAUUCCACGACAUUUUCUUGUGAUAUUUUAGCCAUUAUUCUGCAAAUAACUGUUUAAAGUAAACUAUCGCAGACGCAUAUUCCUAAUGUAAAGGAAUGUGGAGUAAUACAGGGUGUAAUAAUUUUUUUGUAUUAUUUAUUGCGUUUAUAAUAAAACAAUUCUAUUGAAAA